AUGAAAAUCCCCUUAACUGCCGCCGUUUGCUUACCUGGCUUAUCGCCUCCUGGACUUUGUAUCUUUGCUGAAGUCAGUGAUGUGAAAACACCUGACAUGGAUGAUAUUGCUGAUAGGAUGAGGAUGGAUGCUGGAGAAGUAACGUUAAUGAACCACAACUCCAUAUUCAAAACCCAUCUCCUGUCACAAACAGGUUUUUCAGAGGACCAGCUUUCACUUUCUGACCAUCAGAUUUUACCUUCCAGGCGAGGAAAUUUGGACCGGUCUUACACUUGUUCUACAAGAAGUGCAGCUUAUAAUCCAAACUAUUAUUCAGGAUUCAGCAAGAUGAGAUCUCCUCCCCUAAAAAGACACAACACUUCCUCAGACAGUUUUAUUGGCUCAGGAGACCUAAGAACCUUUGGCCAGAGUGCAAAUGGCCAGUGGAGAAAUUCCACUCCGGUAUCAGGUUCAACUUUACAAAAAUCAAGAAACAGCCGAAGUCUUUACCUCGAAACCCGAAAGACCUCAAGUGGAUUAUCAAACAAUUUUACAGGAAAGUCAAACCAUCACUGCCACGUGUCUGCAUAUGAAAAAUCUUUUCCCAUUAAGCCUGUUUCAAGUCCAUCUUGGAGUGGUUCAUGUCGUCGAAAUCUUUUGAGCCCCAAGAAAACUCAGAGACGACAUAUUAGCACAGCAGAAGAGACAGUUCAAGAGGAAGAACGAGAGAUUUACAGACAGCUGCUACAGAUGGUCACAGGGAAGCAGUUCUCUAUAGCCAAACCCACCACACAUUUUCCUUUACACCUGUCUCGAUGUCUUAGUUCCAGUAAGAAUACUUUGAAAGACCCACUGUUUAAAAAUGGAAACUCUUGUGCAACUCAGAUCGUUGGCUCUGAUACUUCUUCAUCUGGAUCUGCCAGCAUUUUAACUGCCCAGGAACAAUUGUCCCACAGUGUGUUUUCCUUAUCCUCUUACACCCCAGAUGCUGGUACAUUUGGAUCCAAAGAUUCUGAUCCUGUCCAUCAACCCGAACAUGACCACUCUCUUUCACAUCAGGCAAAUAACUUACCAGCUUCAAAUACAGAAUCUGAAGGAUCAGACUCUGUGAUUUUACUCAAAGUGAAAGACUCCCAGAUUCCAACUCCCAGUCCUACUUUUUUCCAGGCAGAGCUGUGGAUCAAAGAAUUAACUAGUGUUUAUGAUUCUCGAGCACGGGAAAGAUUGCGCCAGAUUGAAGAGCAGAAAGCACUGGCAUUACAGCUUCAAAACCAGAGACUGCAGGAACAGGAACAUUCAGUACAUGAUUCAGUAGAACUGCAUCUUCGUGUGCCUCUUGAAAAGGAGAUCCCGGUCACGAUCGCCCAAGAAACAGGGAAAAAAGGUCAUAAAUUGACUGACAGUGAAGAUGAAUUUCCUGAAAUUACAGAGGAAAUGGAGAAAGAAAUAAAGAAUGUAUUUCGUAAUGGGAACCAGGAUGAAGUUCUGAGUGAAGCAUUCCGCUUGACCAUCACACGCAAAGAUAUUCAAACUCUAAAUCACCUUAACUGGCUCAACGAUGAGAUCAUCAAUUUCUACAUGAAUAUGCUGAUGGAGCGAAGUAAAGAGAAGGGAUUGCCGAGUGUACAUGCAUUUAAUACCUUUUUUUUUACUAAGUUAAAAACGGCUGGUUAUCAAGCAGUGAAACGUUGGACAAAGAAAGUGGAUGUCUUUUCUGUUGACAUUCUUUUGGUGCCUAUUCACCUAGGAGUGCACUGGUGUCUUGCUGUUGUGGACUUUAGAAAGAAGAAUAUUACCUAUUACGACUCUAUGGGUGGGAUAAACAAUGAAGCCUGCAGAAUCCUCUUGCAAUAUCUGAAGCAAGAAAGCAUUGACAAGAAAAGAAAAGAGUUUGAUACCAAUGGCUGGCAGCUCUUCAGCAAGAAAAGCCAGGAAAUUCCACAGCAGAUGAAUGGAAGCGACUGUGGCAUGUUUGCCUGCAAAUAUGCUGACUGCAUUACCAAAGACAGACCAAUCAACUUCACACAGCAACACAUGCCCUACUUCCGGAAGCGGAUGGUCUGGGAAAUCCUCCACCGAAAGCUCUUGUGAAGACCGUCUCAGUUAGCAGACAUGGACUUGCGGGGGACCAGCUCUUUGUUGUCUACAGCCAGAGACCUUGGAGACAGCUGCUCCCACCCCUCUCUUCUUGUAAAGUCCUUGACCCUGGACCAGGCCCUGGAGAGAUGCACUCACAAGCACAUCUGCCUUUCCUUUUGUAUCUCAGAUACUAUUUUUGCAAAGAAACUUCGGUGCUGUGAAAGGGGUGAGGGACAUCCCUAAUCUGAAGAGAGAGACUGCUUUUCACUUCUUCAGUUCUGCCAUCUUGUUUUCAAAGGGCUCCAGCCUCACUCAGUCUCUUAAUUAGGGGCCUGAGAGAAGCUUGGAAGGACUCUUGGUUUCGUAUAAACUCUUGUUGUUAGGCCUUACUAAGAGGUAGGAAUGGAUGUGGGUAAAAACGUAGGGAUGAAAACCACCAGCAUAUACAUGCACACAUACAUACACACAUGAUUUUCAAAAUGUGUCACCAGGAUAGUGACUGUAAACUGGACUUUGGGGCACCUGCAUAAGGCCGUCCUCCAGGACUUGUCCUUUUUACAUGCCCCUUGUGAAGUCCGUCUGCUUCUGUACAAGGCUGUUUUAUCUGUAGCUUCUUCCCCUCCUGAGGCACCACAUGUGCGCCCUGGGUGGACCCCAAAGUCCCAGGCAGUCCUUUCCUUAAAAGCAGUGGUUUGCAUGUGCUCACAGCACGUGAUAUGGGGAAGACCCACCCAGGGAGUGGUUUAGUGGAGUAACAAAGGCGCCACUUUUACUGCUACCUGCUUCUGACCAAGAAGAAGGACCUCAGUCUUUAGCAUAAAAUUCCAGCUUUGGAUGAAUGCAGGUCUAGUUUGGUCUGUGGCUAGCUAGUUUAAAUAUGUUUCUAACCACAGAGAAUUUAAUAUAUAUAUAUAUAUUUCACAGGGAUAUGCUUUUUUUUUUUAAGGCUGAAUGUGUUCACCAUUUUAGCCUGUAGAUUUAUUACCAUUUUCCAAAUUUAGCUCCAGCAUACACAGAUCCCAGCCCCUAUGUGUAGGGUGUUUGUGGACUUCCUAAGAGUAUUUUGAGGCCUGGAUGAAUUUUGGCUUGGGGUAGAGGUUACAGAGGAAGACGAGAUUUUCAACUGGAAAACGGGUGGAAUUUGGACUGAUCAACUUGAGAUUGAAAAACUGCUAUUCUUUUUGUUCCUUGUAGCAUCUCCCCCACCUUUUGAGCGCUCCUCAGGCUAGAUAGUGAAACGAUCCAAUGCCAGUGUCAUUUUGUACCUAAGUUCCAAAAUAGGAACAUUUUAUACUUUUUUCUCUAUUGUAAUAGGUAGUUUUGUAUGAAAUCUUUUCUUCUCUUCCCUUGUACCUCAUCCUUUCCAACAUUGUGCUUUCUCCCUGGGCUUAUUUGAAAAUUUUACUCUGUUUUAUAUCAAGCUUGUUUAGUACAUUUUUCUAUGUGUUACCACAGGUUACAAUUUGAAAAGAAAACUAUUUUUUUUAAAUAUUCCAUUGUUAACUGAAUGUUACUGUUUCCACUCCAGCAACUAGAUGUCCUACCUUUUUCAUACUGCCUGCCUUUGGGGGGAAGACCACCUUUUUUUGUUUUGUUUUUUUUUUUCUUUCUUCCUU